AUGGAGUUCGACAAGACGAUCAAUAAGGAAGGAACGUGUCCGCAAUUCGAGUUCGUUUUAUCAGCACCGCGGCGUACGCAUUUUUGCGAAUUCGUCUCAGCACCGUAUCUCACCUUCUUGAAGAACAACAAAAGAAACGGACGGGGAUUCAAAUUUACGAUGUCAGAUCGACCGUCUACGAGCUCUGCAACAUCACUCAAAACUGCCGUGACUUCAUUAAAAGAAGUCAUCAGUUCGGCAAAUACUCUGAAUGAGGAUAUCCGAGAACUUCUUGAACAGAUUGAAAUUGUUGAGAAACUGCCUGAAUCAACUAAUCUUGCCCGGAUUGACGGUUGGAGAUCGAGGUUACUUACGAAGAUGAGGAUGAAAAUAUCGCAGAUUGAAGCCCAAUAUCGCGAAUUGGUUGACGUUAGAUGGAUGGAGAUUCUCAAGACCGUUAGAACUUAUGGUCCUGCGAUGUCUCACAUUAGCUACACUUUCGCGAGCGACUUACAACUUGUUGAGGACUUUUUCAGUAAGGCUCUUCAAAUUGCAACGAGCAAUGUUUUGUUCUCGUCAAACAUCCGUGCUACUAUUCCCACCAUACCGUAUAAUGUAGAUGGUGCCCUAUCCAGGAUAGUUUUCGAUAUCGGGGCAUCGAUUGCUUAA